AGAAAUGAUGUCAUUUCUAUCUUUCUUGUUAAAAGAUUAGAAAAAAUUCUUUUAAUUCAUUAAGAAAACUUUAACUGCUUGGAUUCUUUGCUGUUUCCAUAAGCUUUAAGUGGUCUGUCGGGUGAAAAAAGUGAUUCACUUUUCCGUUUCUGAUAACGUUCAGCAGUACACGAAAGAACACAAAGGUAAAAAAAGCGAUGGAAAACUUAAAUUCGCAGUUCGGGCACAUAUCUUUGCGAUCAUCUGGGGAAUCUCAGCUAAAACAACAGUCUACCAUAUCUGUAGCUUCAGCAGCAUCAGCCCAGCAGAAAAUUCCCCCUCCCCAUCAGUACAGCUCCUUGCCAGAUAGUGGACCGAAUGGUGUGGGCGUGCCAGGAAUGAUCAUGAUGGGAAAGAAAGGCCCGGCAGUUCCCCCAAAGCCCUCUAAAAAAGGUCCAUCAUCAUCUCAUUCUGUUAUUCCGCCUCAGGUUCCCCGAAGUUCUCAUGUAAAGCAGUACUGUGAACCGUCCUAUUCAACAGUGCUACAGGCUCAACAACUCGGUGGACAAGGCUCGGAGGAUCAUCCUUAUACCAACACGGCUUUCCCUGCCGCGCAUGGGAAAAUGGUUCCAAGGAAGGCCACCUUGGACAAUGCACUGGAACUGCAACAGCAAAAGGAAGCCCUGGAGCAUCACAAACGAAUGAUGGAGAUCAAAAUGCAACGCGGACAAGCCGACGGAGCUGUUUACGAAAAUGCCACGCCAAGAUUUUACGAAGGAUCAAACGAUGCCACUUAUGCUAAUAUAUCCGGCAAUAAUCCGUCAGCCAAGAACAAUGACGGUUUGAUUUACAGCAACAUCGUGCACAACAAAAGUAACCAGAAACCAUACACACAGAGACAGAUCUCGGAUGAGCUUCCCCCGCCUCCGCCUGCGGUGGUUGGGAUGAGUUCCCCAUCACCAUUGAAUUUGAACGCUUCUGGAGCUGAGCUAACGUUGGAAGAAAACGACGAUGAAUUCCCACCGCCACCUAGCCCGGUUAGUUCGUCGUACAGUGAACUGCGGAGGGCCACUGAUCCGCCGCCUAUGGGUCGUCAACCACAGCCGACAUACAAUAUGGUCGGCCCCGGCGCGGCUGGCCAUACGUACAGCAACAUGGCACCGAACAAUCAGAUCUAUGCUAACAACAUGCACCACCAGUCGCUUUAUGGAACGUACGGUGGUAUGAGCUCACAAGGUUCUACUACCUAUGAGUCCAUAUACGAACCGAUUAAUCCACGUCCAACCAGCCAGAUGUCGGCGCGUUCAAAUUAUUCACUCUACACCCCGUACGUGAAUGCUCGUGGAGGCAUUAACAGUCCUAACGACAGCAUGAUUACCAGCGCCUCCAACCAGCAGCUGCACCGUGCUGGCCAUGGACAUGGACAUGUGCCCAAGGAAUCUGAGGUUGAUACUCUGACCGAUUUGUUAGUUCAAUCGAUGGAUAACGUACAAGAUCCGGAUUCCUUUGGAACUUGUGUAAAAUGUGGUGAUCGAGUUGUAGGAGAGAACACUGGUUGUACCGCAAUGGACAGAAUUUACCAUAUUGCUUGCUUCACGUGUCAGCAGUGCCAGAUUAACCUACAGGGCAAACCAUUUUAUGCGCUUGAUGGUAAACCCUAUUGCGAAGAAGAUUAUUUGAACACACUGGAAAAGUGUUCUGUUUGCUUGAAACCAAUUUUGGAAAGAAUCCUUCGAGCCACUGGAAAACCCUAUCAUCCGCAAUGUUUUACGUGCAUUAUUUGCGGAAAAUCUUUGGACGGAAUUCCGUUCACGGUUGAUGCCACAAACCAGAUCUACUGUAUCGAAGAUUUUCAUAAGAAGUUUGCUCCAAGGUGUUGCGUGUGCAACAAACCGAUCAUGCCUGAGCCAGGCCAAGAUGAAACGAUUCGUGUGGUAGCGUUGGAUCGCAGCUUCCACAUCAAUUGCUACAAGUGUGAGGACUGCGGAUUAUUGCUUUCUUCCGAGGCCGAGGGUCGUGGUUGUUAUCCAUUAGAUGAUCACAUCUUGUGCAAAAGUUGUAACGCUCAACGCGUACAGGCUUUAACGAGGGUCGUUACAACCGAAUUGUAGAGCAAAACGCUACGGGGGCUAAAAUGGUUCAUUAUUUCAAUGUAGUGUCAUCUCUGCCAAUCGCUAGAAGCCGAAGGCAGCUUAAUAAUAGCUAUAUUCAAAAACGGUUAACGAAUUCCAGCAGUAUCACCUGUGUAAGAUACGUAAUAGGAAAGUUUGCUAACUUAAGAUGUAACCUUUGGUUAUUUGCAGACAGUUCGGUAAGUCCUGCUACAAACCAAUAAAUUUAUCUGUUACAAUUUUAUCAAAACUUCAACAGUCUUAUUGGAACUGGAACCCACACAUUCCACUGUAUAAUCGAGAAAAAAACAUAAAAUCCCAAAAAAAAAGGAUGAAAAUCCUUACCUUCGACUAAAAAUAUAAAUAGAUGAUCGAAAAUAACUGUAAACAUUGCCAACAAAACCCUGAAACUUAAAAAAAUUUAACAGAAAUCUUUUAAAGUAAGGAAACAAUAACCUAUGUACUAGCAUUGCAUUUAUUGAAACUAUUGUGCAAAUAAAAUGUAGGCAUUUAUCAAAGGGAACCCUUAUUUUUGAUAGAUCAAGAUAAAAAUGUAUUUGCUACCCAGCGUUACGUUUGUGACAGUCAUUAUUGUAAUUGCGUAGUAGUGGAACUGGAAAUGCUAAUAAAGAAAUCUUAAAA